AUGAUUAAUCCACAAAGGUCUGAAAAUCAGAACAAUUCCCGCAGAAAUGCCAAAAACGACCAGGUGAACUUCACACAGAGGGUUUACACUUUUAUGCUUAUGAUGUCAUUUGAGUUGCUCAUUUUUCCAUGUUUCUAAUAUCAUGGUUUACAGUAGGCAGACAGGCUUCAUAUUUGCAUGUUUAAUAAAUAGAAACAAAAGCAGAAGAAUGCAUGGGAAAAGACAGCGCGUUGAAAGGGCGUACACACUAUCAAUAGAUUUCCAUAAGCCGAAGCUUGCAAUGGAGAAGUUGAUUAAAUAUAACAAUCGCAACUCAUCAACCACGCGGUUUUCCUGUCUCUCCUGACUCCGCCUGCGCCCCUUGGCUCUUCUCCCCAGUCAAACAUUUGGCGUGGGCCGGCCGCUUAUUAUGCCAUGUGCUAUUACAGCAGUGCCGUGGAGGCCAUUUUGUCUGUGCUUCUGUGUUCCCAUGCUGUAGACAUUGCGCUCCAGUCCUACUGGACUGCUCCCUGCAAAUUACCUUUGCUUGCUGGCAGUGUGCCUACUCCUCUGCCUAUCCUAUUUGUCCCUAUAGGUGCUCUCUGUGCGUCUGUGCCCCUACUGGUCCUGGUGGCCUACUGCUGGCCCUGCAAUUCAUUGCUAAAAAAUAGCUCUCUGUUUGGUUUUUGUGUGGUUACUACUCUGACAACCUUCUCUAAGUGAUCACCACUGCUGUUUGUUGGGCUCUGGCACUUACUGAAUUGGCCUUCCCUGGCCUUUCUUGUUGUGUUCCCUGAGGGCACAUUGGUGUAUUGAGGCCCACAAGAGGGUCUACACACAUUGGUGUAGGCACCUACAAUGAAUGUCUGGGUGGAAAUUCUGGAUCACGUCUAACAACCUCUAUUUGACCCAUGCUACCUUAAAUACUUAUACUACAGCUGACAGUGUUGUUGUGUAUAGAUUCUUACUGCUGCAGUUUACUUUUUAGUUAAACCUUGAACAUUUUGGAUUCCAGUGGUUCUCAUUCUGAUUUCGAUCCAAGCUGUUCUACUGAUCUAAAACUAUUCUGCUCUCCUAUUUGACAUAAUCAAAGAAAAAGGAAGUGAGAGGAUCCUGUUGGGAGUUUUACAUGCCCAUUCUGCAUGCUGAUUGGUUGAUUCUUUACGAUUUGUGCUAACUGUUUCUUUGCUGCUGGAUAUAUCAGUAAAGAAGGUUAAGCAAAAAUUCAUCUUCUGUCUUUAAUGAAAGUUUAGAUUAUUUGUUCUCCAAUGCAAGAAUAAUCCCCAAUUGCCAGCACACACAAUUAAACAGCUUCCUAUGCCUUGAGUGGGGCUGGCCAGUCUGCUUGCAGUGCAUUAAUGUCAGGUUUUCAAGCUUCUUCUUUAGGUUUUCAGCCGAUUGUCCCUACUUCCUUUCCAGGCCGGACGGUCUAUUUUGGGUGUUGCCAGUGAGUGACAUGUUAAUGUGCUGUAGUAAGAAGUAUUUAUAUGACAAAUGUCGUAGUAAAAGUGUGUACAGUAUAUAUAUAUAUAAAAAAGGCUAUAAUACACAUAAUCUUUUAUUUUAUAUAAUCUACAAUUCUGACAGAUUUCCUUUAACCCAAAUAAGAAGACUACAUUCAAAAUAUACACUUUCUGUUCCGAGCACUGAAUAACAGCAAUUAAGGAUUUUUGAGCGUCACAUAACCUACCAAUGAACUGUAUGUAAAAUGCCUUGUCAUUUGUAAACAGAACCAUAUUUUCAAACAUUCCACAAAGUUCUGAUACUCAAACAGUUAAAGUUUGAUGAACACACCCUGCCCAAGGGGGAAAAUAAUGAUAACUACACUUUCUAAACCACUGGCUGCUGUUUGUAAACUUCCUGUUACACCAGCUUUUUCCUGCUUUUAAGCAUUAAAGUAUUCCUCUACAGAAACAAGGUAAGAUAUCACAUACAAUUGUACAGAAAAAAUAUUUUUUUCUGUAUGAAUUUUGGUCACUGUGGCAGCACCUUUCUUGCAUUAUACUUCUCUCGGGUGUGCCCCCAAUCUCUUCUCUGUGCAUAACAGACAAUUGUGUGACAGUUUAUGUGACUAUACCACACUCUCUAAGCUCGCUUUAUCAGGCUCCUCUUCACAUUUUGAUGCUGGGUGUCAGUUUUGUGAUGAAUUAUGUAUGUAAUGUCUAAAAUGUAUGCCGUAGCCAUUAAUUAAAAUAUGUAUGAAUGUUGUACUGGUCUCAUACUUGUUUUUGUUGCUGAGUGUAAAGUAUUUUAUACAUUAUGAUUUGUUUUAUACAAUUUCUCUCUCUUGCCUCAAGAUAUCAGGAAGAAUUUCCUGUGUGGAGGCUCUUGUUAUCACUCGACACAGUUUAAAGAAUUCAUCUUAAAGCAGCACUGUCAUACCCCACCCUAAGAAAUGAGUAUUUCAUAAAGAUAGAAUCUUUAUAAAAUACUCGUUAUGACCAUUUUGGAGUUUCACUGAAAUUCCAACCCAGUCAAGAGAUAUACUAUAGGGACUACUUUGUCUCUAUAUUUCUACUCCAGAAGAGAAAAAGUGACCCUAGGACGAACCAUCCAAGUUACACAAAUAGGAUAUUUCAGAGUAGCUAUUACAGAUUAAAACCAUAUUUAUUAUAAAUCUUAGAAUACAUGAAACAUAAACAAAAAACCAUUCCACUUAUAUAAAUCUUAAGGGGAGAAAUAAAGCUCAAUUAGCUUGUAUUAUACCGGGGGGACGAGUAUAAUUCCAAAUAAAGGAGCUAUGUGCAUAAAGGAUCCUAUAAAGAUUCUGACGGCUAGUUCUUACAGAAUAAGAUUAGAUCAGAGCCUGCCUAGGAGUCCUCACUGAUACACAAGCCCCACUGUAUUUAAAGAAUGGAAUUAACAGAAAUGUAACCAGUCUGUAUGAGCACAAAAUCAAAUUUGCUACAUUACAUGUAACUUAGUUACUGUUUGUCUCAAUUGUAACAUACUGGAUAUGUGCAGUGUAAUAGUAGCCCUAAAUCAUGAGUCGUCAACCUGGUCCCUACCACCCACUAGUGGGUGUUUCAGGAUUCCAGGUGGGCGGUAGGAAUUUCAGCGUCUAAAUCCUCGUUUUUUGAGGAUUUCUCCUUUUGGGCGGGCGGCGCGAGUGGCUAUGCGGGCGCAAGAUUUCAGUGACCGGCAGGAGGGAAGCGCUCCCUCCUGCCAGGCCACCUUAUGGACCCCUGCAUUGUGUGCGGCAGUGGUAAGAUCAGCCGCGGCGUGGGAGCUCUAACCUCUCUGCUCCCUCUCGCAAUUUUUCUGAUGCCGCAGGAGCCGGAAUAUGACGUCAUAUUCCAGCUCCCGGCAUCAGUAGACAGCCCGCGAGGGAGCAGAGCAGAUUUGAACUCUAAGUAUAAUCAACCUGUCUAUCUGUAAACAGUUCAUGUAUAUAUUUUAUUUAUUCGUAUAGUAUGGUUGUAAGUUUAAGGGAAGGUAUACCUUCCUCAAAUCACCACUAUGAGAAUCUGGAACAAACUUUACAGAGUUCCAUCUUCACUAAAUUGCAUUAUCUAUGAUACAGGUUUGCUAUACCGGCAUGAGAACCGGUUACCAUGGUGACAGAGCUAACAAAUGCUAGCUCCAGCUAUCGGCACUAAGUCACUAACCUCAUUGGUGUAAAUACAUAUGAAGGACGGACAUUCAAAUUAUCUAUUCCCGAUUUCGGCGCAAAAUUAAAAACACUCCCAUCUUUUUGAUUGGUUAAGCGCCGAAACGUGUUAGGCUACAUAAUGAUUUUUUAACUUGCAUAGCACUUUUUAUUUUUGCACUGUUUUGGGGUGUCGUUCGUUUGGGGAGAGGAAGCCGAAUUAUAUCCUAGCUAUGGGGAUUUGCUAAAACCAGUUAGCCUAUACAGAUGGAGGGCUACUAGCAUUUAUUAGAGUAUUAUCCAGACAGCAGUGGUUUAGUAAGCUCUACCCUACUGAAUAUUCAUCUAAUCUCAUUUCAUUACGUACGGGCUUAUAUUUUAGCACCCAGUAUUAGUGCAAUCUGAUAUAUUCUUGUGUAUAUGCAUUAUAAGAGAGCUCUUAUUUACCUAUUCGGCUAUACUGAUAGGAGCUGUGUUUCCUUCCUUUAGGGCUACUAUCACACUGCACAUAUCCAGUAUGUUACAAUUGAGACAAACAGUAACUAAGUUACAUGUAAUGUAGCAAAUUUGAUUUGUGCUCAUACAGACUGGUUACAAUUUUGUUAAUUCCAUUCUUUAACUACAGUGGGGCUUGUGUAUCAGUGAGGACUCCUAGGCAGGCACUGAUCUAAUAUUAUUCUGUAAGAACUAGCCGUCAGAAUCUUUAUAGGAUCCUUUAUGCACAUAGCUACUUUAUUUGGAAUUAUAUUUGUCUCCCUGUAUAAUAUAAGCUAAUUGAGCUUUAUUUCUCCUGUUAAGAUUUAUAUAAGUGGAAUGUUUUUUUGUUUAUGUUUCAUGUAUUCUAAGAUUUAUAAUAAAUAUGGUUUUAAUCUGUAAGAGCUACUCUGAAAUAUCCUAUUUGUGUACCUUGGACGGUUCGUCUUAGGGUCACUUUUUCUCUUCUUGUCUAAUAUUGAGGGGUACUUCCUGUUUGGAUAUUUUCAGGACACACUUCAUAGCCCCUGCUCGUUAAAGGGACUUACCUUUCUUGUUUUAUAUUUCUACUCCGUCUGAAUUGAUUUGACACAAGCUGGAGUCUUAGAGUUAAUCCCUGCAGUCGUCAUCAGUGACGACUGCAGGAAAUUGGCUGUGUCUAUGGAGGAUCAAGAUGGUGGCCACUGCGAGGGACAGGCUCAAGUAAGUAAACUCACCUUUACCUGACCACCAGCGGCGAUGUCACCAUUGGUGGACUUUGCAAAUUUUGCAAAGCCCCCAAGUGGUGACAAUGGUAAUUUAAAGGAACAUUUCAACCCUGGAUCUAUUCAUUGUAAGUAGUCAAAAUGCUCCACCCUCACCUCCUUUACAGCUACAGGAGAGCUGGAAACUCCUGCUUAGGAGAUUUCCUUAACUCUGCUUAGUUAUCCCCUGCAGUGUAAGGCUUGGUCAUUAACUUGGAGCAUCAGCUGAUAGCAUAGCUCAGACAACAUACUUGCAGUUCUCCUGUGGCUGUAGUGGAGACAGGAAGCCAUGCCUAGCAGACCCCAGGUAAGAAGGGAAAUUGUUCUAAAACAGUUUGACUACUUACAAUAAAGGACACCAGGGCACUGUUUGCACCCUACCACGUACUGCAUGCUAUAGUGGUUAUGAUUCUAGGAAUGUUCCUCUAAUAACGCGCGAUAGACUCCCAAUGCUUUUCUGUGGGAAAGUAUUGGAUUGGCUGAGAUAAUCAAGUUUGAUGAUCUCAGCCAAAAUGGCUGAGUGGGGGAGGUACCAGUCGUGACCAGACCCACCCUGCAUUACAACUAUUUAGACCUAAACAGAUAUUUAGACCUAUAUUUGUAUUCCUGACACUAUAGUGUUCAUUUAAGAUAUCAGGGGAGUAGGGAAAGGAAAACCAACAUAAAAAGCACAAUUAUGGCAGCUGAAGACCAGCAACUAAGGUGUCAAAAUUCUGAUAUGGGAUAUAAGUAGCCGCAUUUGUAAUGUUUCUUCAGUGCACUUGUAUAUUGUAUGUUCCUGCAAGUUAUAAUGUUUUUAUGGAUAUUAUGUAUUAUAUUGUGCAAAACUCUUGACUUGUGCUAUAAACCAUCCCCAUUACCUUUAAUAAACACAGACACCAAUUUCUGUUGGAAAUAUAAAGUCCACAGCUUUAUUAUAUUAUCAUCAAUAACUUAACAACAUUUUGGGGUCAUUGCCAAACAAUAAGGAUAUUUUAACCAACCUCCCUCCGUACCUAAAUACCCCUGGCAAUGACCCCAUACCAAUAUAACAGUGUAUAACAGUAUAUAAAACAAAUAACAUCAAACACGGCCUACCAAAGAGGCCCCUCCAACUGCUUAACUUUUAGGGGUGUACCAAGACACCCUACACCCCCAGGUUCAGAGCCACCGAUGAGCUCGAACCUACCAACCAGUUGAACCAUUCCUGUCUAAUCCAACCUAGACCUUUUCCAUGACCACUUCAUACUCCACCUACUUCCCAUUUAUCCUAGCCCUUCCCCGCCGCUGUGACCAAAUGGGGAACACUACUAACCACAGGGAGGGUGGGAGGGACAAGUAACAGGUAAGUGCAAGUUGAAAAUUAAAAUGGCCACUCUUUAAGAUGGCCGUGCUAUAACCCCCUAGACCCCACUCCCAUAACCACAUGACAAAGUCCUGCCCCCAAUUAUUAAAAUACAUACAUGCCUACUCUCUGGCCCUGUCAAGGCCCAUUCCCCUAACUGCAAUACUCCAUGGGCUACAAUACACUAAAUAUGCCACAUGGAAACUUACUGUUUUAUAUUGUCCACUUUGAAUGCUAAGCUUAAACUGUUCCAUAUUGUACCUUUUGUCUGUUUAUACAUGGCAGAAUACAAUAAUACUUUGUGUUCCAAUGCAGGUAUCAACUAGUGUUGUGUAUGUAACCGCUCUCUGAACAUCUCAUUCUUCUUUUGUUUAGUUGCUAUUCUUAGGUGUCUACUAUAAAUACAACUUUUGGUACAGUAUGUCAUCAGAUUUGGUAGAAAAUUAUGUGGCUGCGAUGGUACUUAGCGCAGUGGGUGACGCCCUGGGAUUUAACAAUAAUAUCUGGGAAUUCUGCACAGAUGGACAAGAGAUCCACGAUGAGCUGGCCAAGCUGGGUGGCAUUGAGAACCUUGAUGUGGAAAGUAGAAGAGUGAGUGAUGAUACAGUGAUGCACAUUGCCACAGCAGAAGCACUGGUUGAAGCUGGUAGUGACAUAGAACCUACUAAGCUAUAUCCUCUGUUGGCAAAGAAAUACAAAGAAUGCAUGAACGACAUGGAUGGUAGAGCACCAGGUAAUGUUAUUGUCUCCGGUCUUUUCCCUGACUAAGGGAAAAGCAAUGUAUAUAGAUUUUUGAACCUAGGAUAAGCAUAUGUAAACAUUCUUGCCUUGUAUGCAAUAUUUGGCUAUAUUAAAUAUAAAUUGGUAAUAUACAGCUGUGUUCAAAGGUUUGCAUACCCUUGGAGAAUUGGUAAUACAAUUUUUAAAGAAAACAUGAGUGAGCAGGGAAAAUACAUUUCUUUUAUUUCUUAUGGGAUUCAUAUUCAACUGUAGGUUAUAACAGAAUGGCACAAUCAUAAAACAAAACAUGGCAACCAAGAAAAAAAUGAAAUAACCCCUGUUUAAAAGUGUGCAUACCCGUUAGUUCUUAAAGGAACACUGUAGGGUCAGAAACACAACCAUGUAUUUCUGACCCUAUAGUGCAAAACGUACUAUUAAGGUGGCUUGCCCCCCCUUAUAAGCAUUAAAAACUCACCUUAUUUCCAGCGCAGCGCAGGUCCGCCGGCACGGGCCCCGUCCCCUUGAUGACAUAAUCAGAAUUGCCGAUCUUUUGCCAUGGGGAAAGUAUUGGAUUGUCUAAAAUCGGAAAGGGAGCUUGGCCAAAAACUGUUUUGGCCAAUCGGCACCUCCUCAUAGAGAUGCAUUAAAUCUGCAUGGGGACACUGUACGGCAGAGUUGCCUACUGUGCAGCACUGCCCCAGGAAGCACUUUCAGUGGCCAUCUGAGGAGUGGGCAUUUGGAGGUGUCCCUAGGGGCAAUGUAAGCAUGUAAACACUGCCUUUUCUCUGAAAGGCAGUGUUUGCAUGAAAAUGCCUGCAUACAAUGAUUAUACUUACUAGAACAAUUACAUUAAAUAGUUGUAGUUGUUCUAGUGAUUAUAGUGUCCCUUUAAUACUGUGUAUUGCCCCCUUUAGCAUCAAUGACAGCGUGCAUUCUUUUGUAAUAGUUGUCUACGAGGCCCCAAAUGCUUGCAGGUGGUAUAGCUGCCCCUUCGUCUUGGCAAAAUACCUCCAAGUCACGCAAAGUGUUUAGUCGUCUUGCAUGAACUGCACCUUUGAGAUCUCCCCAGAGUGGCUCAAUGAUAUUAAGGUCAGGAGACUGUGAUGGCCACUCCAUAACCUUCACCUUUUUCUGCUGUAACCACUGGAGGGUCAACUUGGCCUUGUGAUUAGGGUCAUUGUCAUGCUAUAAUAGUCAAAGAGCGUCUCAUGUGCAGCCUUCAUGCAGAAAAUAUGCAAAUUGUCUGCCAGUAUUUUCUGAUAACAUGCUGCAUUCAUCUUGCCAUCAAUUGUCACAAGAUUCUCUGUGCCUUUAGAGCUCACACACCCCAAAACAUCAGUGAGCCACCACCAUGCUUCACAGUGGUAAUGGUAUUCUUUUUACUAUAGAUCUUGUUGACCCCUCUCCAAGCAUAGUGCUUACAGUUGUGACCAUAAAGCUCUAUUUUGGUCUUGUCGCUCCAAAUUACAGUGUGCCAGAAGCUGUGAGGUGUGUUAAGGUGUUGUCAGGCAUAUUGUAACUGGGAUUUUUUGUGGCAUUGGUACAGUAAAGGCUUCUUUCUGGCAACUCGACUAUGCAGCUCAUUUUCAAGUAUCAUCAUAUUGUGCUCCUAGAAACAACCACACCGUCUUUUUCCAGAGCAGCCUAUAUUUCUCCCGAGGUUACCUGUGGGUUUUACUUUAUAUCCUAAACAAUUCUUCUGGUAGUUGUGGCUGAAAUCUUUCUUGGUCUACCUGAUCUUGGCUUGGUAGCAAGAGAUCCCCAAAUUUUCCACUUCUUAAUAAGUGAUUGAACAGUACUAACUGGCAUUUUCAAGGCUUUGGAUAUCUUUUCCAUCUUUAUAAAGUUCCAUUACCUUGUUACGCAGGUCUUUUGACAGUUCUUUUCUGCUCCGCAUGGCUCAGUUUUUAGCCUGCUCAGUGCAUCCAUGUGAGAGCUAACAAACUCUAUGACGAUUUGUACAUAGACACUAAUUGCAAUUUAAAAACCCACAGGUGUGGGAAAUUAACCUUUAAUUGCCAUUUUAACCAGUGUGUGUCGCCUUGUGUGUAUCUAACAAGGUCAAACAUUCAAGGGUAUGUAAAAUUUUGAUCAGGGCCAUUUAAAAUUAACUUUUUUGCAUGAUCAGUCAUAUUUUCAAAAUCAAUUCCAAAACGUCACAAUUUCUUCCAACUUUUCAGCACAACUGUAUGUAAAUUUGUUAAUCUUUAUAUCACAACCUCUGCAUUUUUACAGACAUCAAAUAAACAUUAAAGGACUGUUUUGUUGUUACAAUUUGUGUUAGGGUACUACAUGGUAUUUUUUUGAAGCAAACAGUGUAUAAUCCCAAGCCUUUCUGGAUCUGGGUGACCUGUCCCAGUUCAAAAGCCAAGUCCUAUAUCUCUAGAAUGUGUUUAGUAUGCUCUUUGCUUUUGUGUCCACAUAGACUGGGCUGUUUCCUGGUGGGCUGCCCGCCCCUGUCUGGAGCCGCAGCGUGGCCCUUGAGCCUCCCCUAGUGCCGGGCCAAUCAUCAAGGUGCACCAAGAGCCUCCCUGUGACAAAGGUUGCUAGGCCCCUCCACUUAAAAUUGGUAUAAAAAAAAUUAUAUACUUUAGCAACAUUGACAAAAAACACACUUAUCUCUUCUUUUACCUAUGGUUGUAGACUCCUAAGAAAAGUUAGAGUAGAUGGCUAAAUAUGGCCAAUUGGCUGUGACUCUGGUGACCAGUUUUUGUGCCAACAACUAAAUAUCUGUUCUCGGGAGAAAGAAAAUAACAUGAAGCUGCACUUGCUUUCUGUCUGUAUAACUCAAAAUCUCUACUAUAUUUGAUCAUAUUCUGCAUUUUUUGUCAGCUUACUAACUGACUCAAAGAGGAAAUCUCUAGACAAACUGAUACUAUAAAUAUGUUAAUGGGUAAGCCGCUUUCACAUGGUAGAAAUGCAUCAGUCUCCUAGUAUGUUUUCGAGCUGUAACUUGUCGCUUUUUAGUGUUGUGUUUAGCAAAGUUGUAAAAGUGAAGUAAUCACAGGUGGAAUGUGCCUGCUGGUCUCUAUAGCGAUUGCCCCACUUUUUGAAACUUACACUACUGAUAAGAACGUGUUGAUAAAUUCCUCCCCUUGUGUUUUAUAUACAGGUGUCUGUUGCAUGAAGAGUGUACAGAAGCUGAAACCUGAAAUGCCAAAUGGUUGGAAGAUUCCAUUCCAAUCAGAUGCCGGUGGCUGCGGGGCAGCAAUGCGAGCAAUGUGCAUAGGGCUUAGGUUUCCACGACCAGAUCAGCUGCCGGACCUGAUCAGAGUCAGCAUAGACAGCGGUAAAAUGACUCACCACCAUCCAACUGGGUAUCUUGGGUCACUUGCUGCUGCCCUGUUUACUUCGUAUGCUAUAAAUCAGAAGCCACCACAUGAGUGGGGUAGAGGUCUAUUGGAUAGCUUACCCAAGGCCAAGGACUUUGUGGUCGAGUCAGAUCAUGAGGUGGAAGCAAAUCUAAAGAAUUGGUGAGUUUGUGGAAUUUUCUGAAAUAACGAGAUGCUUUUGAUCUUAUUCAUUCUUCAUUUACAGUUAUAUAUUUGUGAAUUUUAUCGGCACACAGCAGAAUGGAGAUUGUUUCUGAUAAUGAUUUAGGGCAUAGGAAAGUGAUAUCAUGCAUCAAUAACAGGACUAUUGAAUGGACAAGAGCUUACAUAUGUAGACCUGAAAUAUAAAGAUAUCAAAAAUGUCAGAGUAACCAGCAAGGGGUUUGUUGAGUGUCACGUUUGACUGCAUUAUUUAAAGUAAGAACAAUAAAUAUGUAGAAUUCUGAGCAUAGAGAGGUUGUUUUAACAAAUUCUGUAGAAAUUUUGCAAAACAACAUGGCAAAACUGGAAAUCACUUUAAAUUUGGUUUUCUGGAUUUAUCUUGUAUCAACAGCAGAAACAGAGGUGUAGAUUUGUGGAUUUGUCUUUUUUGUCUUUUAGCCUGUAUUACAAAUAACUAUAACUAUUAACUAUUACCAGUGCAGCUGUGCCCCAUGCUUCUGGCAUGGAAUCUUGUAACCAGAAAAUCACCAGAGGUCUUUCCUCCCCCCUCCCACCACUCUAAUACACUGUCCCCCUUCACCACUCUAAUAAAUUGCCUUUUCCUCCCCAAUUUAACACACUACAUAGGAAGGUUCCCCAAGCCCCUCUUCUCCUACCUUAAGAUGAGCCGUCCGUCCUCCAGUUCCAGCUCUUCUCACACUGCCCCCCCCCCUCCCACCACUCUAAUACACUGCCCACUACCUCACCCAAUAUAAUACAUUGCCCCCUCCCUCACCCAAAUUAAUACACUGGCCCCUCCCUCCCUCAAAUUAAUACACUGACCCCUCCCUCAAAUUAAUACACUGACCCCCCUCCAAAGUGUAAUACACUAGCCCCCUCCCUCCUCCCCAAAUUAUACACAUCGUCUCUAGUGGCUGUUGUAUCUAAAAACACUUUGCAAAAGCUUUAGAUCUGUCUGAGCCUUUGAAAACUCUCCUUAUUGAAUCCACCCUAGGCUUUGUGACUGACCAAUCACAGACUUUCCAAUGCAUGAGUUCUAGGCAACUACUUGUAACAUGACUUUAGCUCCACUGUGCAAAGGAACCAGGAAGUAACUGGACCAGUCGUCUGAUUAACAGCCAAUAAGUGUAAAAAUGUUUAUUUAUAAAAAUGUAAAUUUCAAGUGAAAUAUGUACUUUUUAUUAAAUGCAAAAAAAUUUCACAAUCUUCAACAUAUAAUGCACUUCAUCAAGAUAAGGGUAACCAAGCCACCCAAGGCUACAGAUGUAAAAGACUUACAGGUUGGUUUCCCAACGAUCAGACACAAACAAAUGGUGCAAAUGGCUACCCACUCUUCCCCUGCUUACCAGUUUGAGGGAAUUCACUUACAAUGACCUAUCUAGGUCUAUGGUUUCGUGACAUUAAACGAUGAGACCGGAAGCCCAGAAAUUGAGAGAAACCAACUUCCCUUAUCUGUGGGGCCACCGGCAUCCACUUCGGAAGACACCUGAAUGUCCGCUAGCAGCAGGCUGUGUUCCACCAGCAUAACAACCAAUUUUAUCACCUGACCUAAAAGUCCGUAGUAUUUAGAAUUAUUAUUGCUUGGUUGUCCUUCUAACAGUUUAUGUUAAUUUGAGAUAAUGCAACUUAUUUUAUUUUCACACCGAGACAUAGCUUUAUUAAAACUUUCUAUUCAUACACAAGAUUGCGAGCAUAUCACCGCUGUAGAAAGGACUCCCGAGAUACACACAUUGCCCCACAAACAUACACUGCCCCCAUACACACACUGCCCCACAAAUAUAUAUUGCCCCACAUACACACAUUUCCCCACAAACACACACUGCCUCACAUACACACACUGCCCCCAUACAUACACUGCCUCACAUACACACACUGCCCCCGUACAUGCACUGCCUCACAAACACACACUGCCCCACAUACACACAUUGCCCCACAUACACACAUUGCCCCCAGGGGUGUUUUAGCCACGAGGCAAACAAGGCAUUUGCCUUGGGCGGCAUAUUUCAGGGGGCGGCAAAAAACCAGGAUACACCACUGAUUGCCCCACAAACAUACACUGCCCCCCAUACACACAUACACUGCAAGCCUCACACACUGCAUCUCUCACACACACUGCACUGUUCACACACACACACACUGCAGCUCUCUCACACACACACUUCCCCACACAUACACUGCCCCCUAACACACACACACUGCACCCCUGACAUACACUGCUGCCCUUACUCACUCACACACACACACUUCACUGCUCACACACUACACCCCCUCACACACACACACACUGCACCCCUCACACAUACCACUGCUCAUAUGCCCAGCAGACCCCAGGUAAUUUGUCAAACUGUUCUUAAACGGUUUAAUAACUUACUCUGGGAUGGGGUCGUGGCACUACUGGCACCAUAACAACUACGCUGAGCUGUAAUGGUUAUUGUGCCUGGAUUAUUUCUUUAAAUAAUCUACAAGUGCCCCUCCCGAGAUCAGGCUAUGGAUCUGCCCCGGCUAACAUCUAAUGACUAUAUAAUCUAUUUUUCAUUUACAACCCAUUAACCAAAGUUGUCAAUUGAGCAAUACAUGUUAAUAACAGAAAUGUAAUAAUUCACCGGAUAAGGGUUGUCCAGUGAGUGUGUGGAGGAGCAUGAGAACUGUAUGGGGGUAGGCUGAAAGUGUCUGUCUCUGUUGGUUGAGUGUUUUGUGUGAUGUGUGUAGGGUCCGGGUGUGUGUAUGUUUGCCUUCCCCUUUGCUUACCUUCCCUGGUGGUGCAGUGGAGGGUGAGCUGGAUUCCCCUCCACAAUGGAGGGGGAGUUUCAUCAUCUGCAUCAAUAUCAGGUACAGGCCACUUUAAGAGCUCCCUCAGUGUUUAGACCUUCAGCCAAAGACUCAAAGUGUGGUUGUGGCAAUCUGAGUUAUCAAGAAGUUCCUGGAGGACAAUGAGGGUGCUCUCAAAGUGGUCUGUACAUGAUUAGUACAGACCACAACACUCCCUCAACGCAAUGAGGAAGCGUGUGUUUGUGCCUGUGAGUGUGUAUUUUGUAAGUGUGCGUGUGUAUGUCUUGGAGUUUUUGUCAGAGGGGGGCAGCAUGAAUUUUAGUCUGGAAUGUACAAGUAAUCUAUUCAACGUACAUGUGGAAGACUAUAUCAUAUGUUUGCACUUGCAAAAAGUACUUUCCGCUUGAGGUGUUUUUGUGUUUUUUUUUUUGUUUUUUUUUCAGGUCUUAUUUCAAAAGCCAGUGGAAAUCCUACCUUAAAGAAAGAAACAUCUUGAAAGGAAAGUCUAAACCAAAGUUCCCAAGAAAGUAUGGUGUUGAAAAACGGGAUAAGUUCUACACGAGCAUCAGUUAUAGCGGCUGGGGUGGUAGCAGUGGGCAUGAUGCCCCUAUGAUUGCAUAUGAUGCCAUACUUGGAGCUGGAGAGAACUGGGCAGAACUCACACACCGGGCAUUUUUCCAUGGAGGAGAUAAUGAUUCAACUGCAGCAAUUGCAGGAGCCUGGUGGGGAGCCAUGUAUGGCUUCAAAGGGGUCACCCCUGUGAACUAUGAAAAGGUGGAAUACAGGCAGAGAUUGGAGGAGCUUGCAAGAAAUCUGUACCAAAUUGUAUAA